AAAAGCUUUAAGCAAGAAAAUACACUAAAUACUAUACGAAAGGACUGUGAGAGAGGGUUGACAGAGAUCAGCAGAAUUCAGGCACCUGUUGUCUUCUUGAUCUCCUGCUUUGAACUGGGCAAGUAUGAUUUCAAUCUACUGCAAGAGAGGUUGGAGAAGGAGCUUCCACAACAUAAGAAACAUGUGCUGAUGUUGGCCAUACCGAAUAUCACGCUUGAGAUCAAUGUGAGAAAGAAGGAAGCUCUAGAGAAAAGCAUUCCCAGAGUAGCCCUCCUGUCUGCUGGCGUAGCUACAAUUCCUAUUCCUGGUCUUUCUGCUCUUGUGGAUGUAAACAUUAUAAAGAAAGAGGUAGAGAGGUACUACAGUGUCUUUGGGCUGGAUGAUCCCUCUCUGCAGAUGCUGUGUGAAAGAUCUGGUAAGACCAUAGAGGAACUGAAAAAUGUGAUGAAGUCACCAAUGCAUUUUGGGAUAAACUCAACUGCACUCAUAAGCUGGCUGGGAGCUGCAGCGCUGUAUGCAACAGAGAGUGCAGUUGAAUAUGUCUGCAGUCUCGUACCUGUGCUUGGCACUAUGGUAGCAGGAGGAAUGUCUUACCUGACUACCUCAAAAAUGCUAAAGAAAGCUUUGAAUGAGUUAGCUGAAGAUGCAAAGAAUGUGCUGAUAGCUUCACUGGAGACUGAAGUGUGAUAAUUUUACAUUUAAUAAACAUUUUGCAGAACACAUACAGUAUGUGGCAGCACCAUUAUGCAAUAUGUAACAGUAUAAUAGUCAAUUAGACCAAUCAAGUGAACAUUAAAAAAUGUACAUUAACAUUUACUCUUAAUCAUGCUUUUAUUAGAGAUGAUUGUUGUAAUUAUUGAGAUGUUAUGAGAAUUUUUGGUUUAAUGACCAAAACAAAAAACUCAUCUUAAAUAGUAUGUGGGACCUUUACCUGUUAUCUUUUUGUGUUAGCCUAAAUGUUGAAAUGAAUCAAUAAAAAACACUUUGGUGUGAUAUCCUUAAUUGCUAUAAAGCAAGAAUUUGAUUUAAAUCUGUCAAGGCAUGUCAUAGUGUAAGAAAUCCUACACUAUUCAUUUAAUUAUCAUAACAGAAAAUGAUCUCUCAUCAGCCAAAGUGAAACCAAAACAAUAAUGUCAUGAAAUCAUCAGAGAG